AACAGUUCGCGGACAAACGUUUUACUAAAAAUCAAUCAAAAUUAAUUGAAUUUACAGCAAUUAAAGCAAAAUGAACGAUCCCAAUAAGCGAAUUAACAUCGACAAGAGUACACUGCUCAGUUUAAAAGCCGAACUACUCCGAAAACAAGCAGAAGCGAGCCAAUCAAGGAAAAACUUGAACAACUUUGUCCCCAAAAAAGCCGUCAAGCCACCAAAAGAGAGUAAAAGUAAGUCUAAAGAGGAAAAAAGGAAAGAAAUUGAGCUAGAAGACCAUGCACAACUGGCGCGAUCGAAAAAAAUAUUAGAACAAAAAGCGAAAUAUUACGAAAAAAUGGUCAAAGCUGGCGGAAGUUCAACUAGCGACGAAACUAACCUUGUCAUGUUCAGUAAAAAGCAACAAGAACCUCGAAUACCUUCAGAAUCUGAGUCAUCUGACGACGAUAACGAUAAACCGAACAUUUUUGAUGAGAGCUCGUACCCAGAAGAGGAUUGGGUCGAAUACACAGAUUGUCUUGGUCGCACCCGAAAAUGCCUUAAAAAGGACUUAGCUGACUUCCAAAAACGCGACGAAGCACUGUCAAAAGUCGUCGCGGCACGAAAUCAAGAACAAACGAGCGUCUUACAGCAAUUCGUGAAGCAAAAAGAACAAAGCGACGACAAUUGCGAGGAUACUUCGAAGGAAAUUGAAAAAAUUCUUCAUGUUCCGCAGCCAGACGACAUCGGCGAACGAUUUAUCGAGCAACGGAAACAAUGGGAGAAACAGGAAGCAGAAAAUAUGCAAAAGGAAUUUGUGCACUAUCAAGAUGUGCUGUUCGACGAGGCUCGAGAACAUGGCGUUGGAUAUUACGCGUUUUCCAAUGACGAAGAGGAACGUCAGAAGCAACAAAAAGAGCUGGAAAAAAUUCGCAAAGCAACGUUAGCUGCGCAAAAACAAAAGGAAGAACUCCGCAAGCAGCGUGACAAAAUGAUCGCGGAUCGAGUGAAGGCAGCAAAGGCCAGAAUUCGAGCGAGAAAGGGUCUUCCACCGGAAGAGGAGGAACCAGAAGAGCCGGAAAAGACCGAUUUGUAUGACACAUCCGAGGAACAAAAACGAAAAGAAGCUGAGGAAGAACAAGCGAAACAACGAAAAAUCGAAGAACAACUGAGAGAAGCAGAACGUCGCAAACACGUACGACCAUGGGAUAAAUUAAAGGAACCAGAUGCUGAUGACGAAUGGCGACCACGAUCAGAACGAAUUCCCGUCUCACAAGAAGUUUGGAACGAACAACAACGCGAAAAAAGAAAUCCUGAAUUUGCUCCGCCGAAAAAUCUGGAAAAACCUCGCAAAGAAGAGUCGAAAAAGCGCAAAAAAUACGAUUAUUCGUAUCAACCGGAAAAGCCACAAGAUGAACCAACAGAAGACAAUUUCUAUGAAGAUCGCACCGGAAGUCUUUUCUUCACGACAAAAAAACAAGAAUUCAAACGAAAAAAUUACGCUGAAAGUUCAUCAAGUUCCAAACCCGAAAAAUUCGAUCCCGUUCCAAUUAAAAAUGAGCUCAGCAGUGACGACGAAGAAGAAGAAGAAGACCAUCGAAAUUUGGGAGCUGCUGUUCCUCCACCACCUUCAUGGGAUUAUUACACAGCUGACGCUAAACGACCGAAAAAGGGUCCAACUGAGAAGCCGGAUUGGGAAAAAUCAAUCGAAGCUGGAUUAAAGUACCUUCGUGAGCAAUCGGACAAGUCACAAGUCACGACGAAGAACAAAUGGACAGCAAACGCCGACUACUGAAGAGGAAACAAAUUGUUAAAUUAAAUGAAAAUAAAGAUUUUUCUUAAUU